UUACAUUAACCACCUGCAUACUACAUCUUUUUGUUUUGGGUCUGUAUUUUUGUCAGAAUUCAUGCAUACAUAUGUUUCCAUAUUUGCAUUGAAUGUGUCUGCUUGAGUCUCUACUGCUGCACACUCUAUUUCCUCUGAUUCUUCAAAUGCUGGGGAGAGAUGCUAGAUGGCACAACGCAGAGAUGGAGAGAAAUGUUCAGAGAUCAGCAUUCCUUGUAACCAAGCUAAAGGGACUAUUUCUUGUUCUCAGUUUCAUGGCUUACCUGGACAACACUGCUCCUGGACAAAAGUCCGUCGGCCUCACACUGAGAUCUGCUGCAAUGGACAAAGACAUCUCAGAAAAGAAAACACUCACUGCGGUGGGGUAAAAGCCUACAACAUUAAAGACCCACUGAUGAAGUGCUGCGCAGGGACACUGUACAACCUGACUGUUGGACAUGAGGAGCAUAAGAAUGUGUGCUGUUCGAGUGAGGACAUGGAGGUGCUCUACUCUGUCAAAGUGAGAUUUGGAUGCUGUGGUCACCUCUACUACAACACCUCCCUGUGGUCAUGCUGUGCAGGGAAGCUGAGUCCUGUACCUCAACCAGGACAGCAUCACAGUGAGAAGAUUAAAGAAUCCAAACUUCUGUCCGUGAACAAUCUGAAUGAAACAGUUCUUUGUGGCAAAAUGCAAAUCGGGACUGUGGAAAGUGUUUCCCUGCACGGUAUCAUGUUCAACAGUGUGUUGAGAAUCCAUGGAAGAAAGGCCUUUGUGAGACCUCUGGCCUCACCUCACCUCCUGCAAACCCCUGAUUACUGCAGCACCCCGAAACUGGUCCGUGGGAAGAGCUACUUCUUUGAUGAAGUUAAUGUCUUCACUGAUUUCAACCAUGACUCUAUUCUCGAGUCCCUCCAUUUCAUUAUUUCCAAGUGUUACCGCCCUGUUACCACCACCAGUGUUCCUGUUCCUGUGUAGGGUUGGACAAUUUACUUUAAUCAUUGUUCAUUACUUGUCGAAAAAAAACAUAACAUGCAGCCAACCUACAAUUGUUGAGUUAAAAAAAAAAAAAACUAAUUUGCAGUCAAAUUACCAUCAACAAAUUGCUAGCCAAUUAACCUGGAUCCUUUCGACCUGUCUCCAUAAGACUCGUCCUCAUAGGGAAUUUGCAGGGCUUCUUCUAACUCUGAACAAAGCCUGCUGACUCCUGAAUAUUCCCAGACGCCUGCCGGCUAGAUAUCACAAUGUGUAAACAGCACAUCUGUGGAAUUAUCAGAGGGCAUAUUCCUUGUCUUUUAGCGGAGGCUAGCCCUCAUCUCCCACCUGCAGCCUCCUCACAAAGUCCACACGUCCCAAACAGUCUGUUCACUGACAGACAUCAAAUAAAGAAACUCUCCACAAUCUUGAAGUAGCAGAGCAUCACAACAAUUAUUAACUACAAUGGGGGUUUUUUUAUUUUACUUUUAUCUAGCCAGGAUAAUAUAUAAUAUUUUGAAUAUCUUUUACAAGGGCAUCCUGUCCAAGAUGGCACAGAUCACAGACUUAAAAAACAAAACAGCAAAAAGUUAAAAAGCAUCAUAAUUAAUAAAAUAAUUAAACGGUCUUAAGAAAUCUUAUGUAUACAUUUAUUUGCCGGCUUAAUGACUCUGAAAAUGAAAUAAUCUUGGUUUUAUCAAACAUAAGAUUUAAUACCACAUGCUACCAGUCCCAGCUGGGGAGACAUUGAUACAGCUGUCUCUUGGUAAGGCAUUGCUAGGCCUAUGUACUUUUAUUGUGCUUUUGUAUGUAAUUUUAUUCUAUUUAGUCUUAUCUGGACCCUGAGUCUGAAAUAUAGUUUUGAUUGAUUGAUUGAAUUCACAUGAAAGGGAUGACAGAAUUAGAACAAUCCAGCAAAUUGCAUCAAACAAAGAAUUCAGUGUUAGGACAAGUACAUCAGUGCUCAAAUUAUCCUUAAUCCUAUUUUUAAACUCUUGCAUGCUUAUGAAAUAAUCUAGCUCAGAAUGUCUCUAUAGUUAACGACAGGAUGACCAAAAAUGGUGCAAGUUCUAGGAAUGACGUACAUAAUUUUUUGGCAUGAAUGGUGGUUACAGCUAUGUUCAGUAAUCACUAUAACACUGCCCAACAUGGUCCAUGGUGACAUAUUCAUCUUUACGCUGUGAAGUAUAAUUUUCAAGACUUUGUGUAAAAGCUGGGCUCUCUGCAGAAACAAAUAGCUGGCUCUAUGGUAGCUGGCAGCAUGCAAGAAUAUAUUAAUUUGUAGCUUGAUUUUCAAAUAAGCUAAAAAUCUACUAGCUAAUGUGUUUUGGUUUUUGGAAUAUUAUGUUUUUAUUUUUAUAUAUUACUUUUAAAUUUGCCGAAAACUACAUAGUUAGUGGCAACCGUUUGCACACAAGUCACUCAUACAGAUGUAUGUUUAAAUAUAAAUGAGAGGAUUUUUCACAUCCCUAUUUAGCAUUCUUCAAAAAUAUCAGGGAGCCAAAUAUGCUAAUUGGAACUAAAAUCCCAAUCACUUAAAGAUUGAGCUGAUUUUUGGUGUACUGUUCAUUCCUGUACUGUACUUAUUUUAAGCAGCAUUAACUCAUAAUAUUGCAUGUUUAAGUAUGUUUUUUUUAUAUAUGACAGGGCCUCAUGUGAGUGUUUUCUUUUAUCCACUUUAU